AAAUUAAAAAAAUAAUAAAUAAAGAUUUGCAGAAAGUGGGUAGAGAGAGAAAGACUCGCAUAGAUAUUUUUUAUUUUUCGUAUCGCCUUCACAAAAUUAGGGUUUCUACUCGCACGAAACAUUUUAAUCUUCUCGGGUUUUGGUACUGUGGAUACAAGAUAGAAGGUUAAUUUUUAGGUUUUGAUGUUGACGAAAAGUUGAAGAUAGAUUUGAGUUAAGAAAGUUAGGGUUUUUGGAGAAAAGUUUGAAGAGUUGAGGGGUGGAAAGUGGAAAUUAGGGUUUGUGUUUGAGUAUGCCAACUUCUUGGGCUGAUUCAGUUGAUGCAGCUGAGAAAGCAGCUGCUGGUGGUUCGUAUAGUGUAGCGAAUUCGAAUUCAAGUUCGUUAUCCCGAAACCGACCGACAUACGUUCCGCCGCACCUGCGUAACAGGCCGUCUAGUUCAGAGGCGGCAGUGGCACCACCGCCAGCUGUAGCCAACAGUGGGCCUACUUCUGCUGCUCCUGCUGUCGGUGGCGGUGGCGGCGUUGGCGGUGGCGGUGGUAAUCGUUGGGCUGCUCCUAGAAACGACUUUAGGUCCGGGUACGCUAGUGGUGGACGCGGUGGCGGUGGUUGGAACAAUCGGGGUGGUGGUUGGGACCGUGGAAGAAGUCGUGAGGUUAACCCUUUUGGAGACGAUGAUGGUACGGAACAACCGUUUGUUGAACAGGAGAAUACCGGGAUUAACUUCGAUGCGUAUGAAGACAUUCCCGUUGAGACAAGUGGCGACAAUGUGCCGCCACCUGUCAACACUUUUGCCGAGAUUGAUUUAGGUGAAGCGCUUAAUUUGAACAUUAGGAGAUGCAAGUAUGUGAAACCAACACCAGUUCAGCGCCACGCGAUACCGAUCUCGCUUGGUGGUAGGGAUUUGAUGGCGUGUGCGCAAACAGGGUCCGGAAAAACUGCUGCGUUUUGUUUUCCGAUUAUUAGUGGAAUAAUGCGGGGGCAGUUUGGUCAAAGAGCGUCGCGGAUGCCUCGUACAGCGUGUCCACUUGCUCUUAUUCUGUCACCGACAAGGGAGUUAUCAUGUCAAAUUCAUGAAGAAGCUAAGAAGUUUGCUUAUCAAACCGGGGUAAGGGUGGUUGUUGCUUACGGUGGAGCCCCAAUUAAUCAACAGCUUCGUGAACUAGAGAGAGGUGUCGACAUUCUCGUUGCAACCCCUGGGCGGUUGGUAGAUUUGUUAGAGCGGGCCCGUGUAUCCCUACAAUACAUCAGGUAUUUAGCGUUAGAUGAAGCUGACAGAAUGCUUGAUAUGGGUUUCGAACCGCAAAUACGAAAAAUUGUUCAGCAAAUGGACAUGCCUCCGCCAGGUGUCAGACAAACAAUGUUAUUCAGUGCCACUUUCCCCAAGGAGAUACAGAGAUUGGCGUCUGAUUUUCUUGCAAAUUAUAUAUUUUUGGCUGUGGGGCGAGUGGGUUCAAGUACGGAUUUGAUUGUUCAGAGAGUUGAAUAUGUACAAGAAAGUGAUAAAAGAAGCCACCUUAUGGAUCUUUUACAUGCACAACGGGCCAAUGGUGUUCAUGGCAAGCAAGCGCUUACAUUAGUUUUCGUAGAGACGAAAAAAGGUGCCGAUUCACUAGAGUAUUGGUUAUGUAUGAAUGGCUUCCCUGCCACUACUAUUCAUGGUGAUAGAACACAACAGGAACGUGAGCAGGCGUUAAGAUCAUUCAAAAGUGGGAACACACCGAUUUUGGUUGCAACAGACGUAGCAGCACGAGGUCUCGACAUUCCACACGUUGCCCACGUGGUCAACUUUGACCUACCAAACGACAUCGAUGACUACGUGCACCGUAUAGGAAGAACGGGCCGGGCUGGAAAGUCAGGCCUAGCCACUGCUUUCUUUAACGACAAUAACGCCUCGAUGGCUAGACCGUUAUCAGAUCUUAUGCAAGAAGCUAACCAAGAAGUUCCAGCUUGGCUGGCUCGUUAUGCCGCUCGAGCUUCUUACGGCGGCGGGAAGAACCGCCGUGGCGGUGGUCGGUUUGGCGGCCGUGAUUUCCGGAGAGACUCAAAUUUCAACCGUGGUGGCGGCGGUGGUGGUGAUUAUUAUGGUGGUGGGAAUAUGAAUAACGCUUAUGGAGGUUCUGGCGGGUAUGGCGGCGGUUAUGGAGCUUCUGGCGGGUAUGGUGGCGGCGGUGGUUAUGGUCCCGGUGUUGCCAGUGCUUGGGACUGAGUCGUCUUUUGUCGGAAGUAUUAACUUUGAUUUAGUGGAAUUGUUUUUACCCUUUGUGGGUAAUUCGGGUAGUUUUUAUAUUACGGGGUUAAUUUUCGUGGUUUAAUUUGGUGGUUAACGGGUUGUGGAAUUCAGUCGAAUAUGUAUACGAUGAAAUGUUGAUUUCUGCAACCCGAAUUGAGGGUCUGUAGAUUAUUGCGGGUUUCGUGUUGUGGCUUUUCUGCAGAGCCUCUUAUGGUCAAAUGAAAGUGUGCUUUAAUGUCUUAUGAUUAGUGUUUGUUGCUCU